AGUGGUAUGAUACACCCGCAAAAAUUAAAAGCAGAAAUUAAUUGCUACUUUUAGGGGUCAACUCAAAAAAUAAUCCAACCACAGAAAAUACCCGUUAUGCGGUAAUUUCCACAACAUUAUGAUUUUAAGUCAGCAAGCCCAGCAAAAUAAACAUUACAAAAAUAAUUUCUCUAAUUUAAGUGAUUUAAAGUUUCGCAGUGCUGAAAAGAAUUUGGUAAAUUUCUGGCGGCGUAUCAAUAUUGUUAUUGUGCACUUAUCAAUUUGAUUAUGACUAAAUCAUUUAGCUUAGGAUAGAUAUAUGAAAAAUUUGAACUAUUCCAUGAUCAUAGAUGAUAGAAAACAGGAUCAAAAUCAUUCCAAGGAAAAGGAGGCCAUAUUGGUCAAGAUGCUGCACGGGAAGAUUGACAAUCUCCCUCAUCUUCCACGAUCAGUUGUCAGAAUAUUUAUCAGCUCAACGUUUUCAGACAUGAGAGCAGAGAGAAACAUCCUUUCCCAUGAAGUGUUCCCAAAGCUAAAACAGCUAUGUCUGGCCAAGGAUCUAGAUUUUCAGGUGGUGGAUAUGAGGUGGGGUGUUACGGAAGAUUGCCAGAAUGACCACAGUGUUGAUAAAAUAUGUCUUCAGGAAGUCGAGAACUGCCAAAAGCUGUCCCUAGGACCCAACUUUGUGGCUAUCAUGGGUGACAGAUAUGGCUUCCGCCCAAUUCCUACAGAAAUCAGUGAGGAGGUUUUUCAGACUCUGAGAGAAUCAGCUGAGAGGAUUGCUAAAAAACCUCACGCUGUCAAACUUCUGGAGACAUGGUACAAAUUAGAUGAGAACUGCUUGCCUCCCAUGUACAUACUUCAGCCAAUCAGAUCUCAGUUUCCAUUCUUUGGGGACUACUCACCGGGAUGUGAUGAAUCUCGAGCUAAACAUACUCAAGAGUGGGAUAAAACUUUUGCAGACUUGAGGGACAUUCUUAAAAGUGCUGCAUUGUCCUCACAUCAAGCAAACAAAAUAACAAAUAAACAAUUGCAUGAAUUCUACAUAUCAGUUACGGAGAAAGAAAUUGAAAAUGGAAUUUUAGAUAUAAAAUCUCCAAGCCAGAGUGCUGUAGUAUUCCAUCGAGAAAUCCAAGGUUUUACUGACUAUGAAGACAGAAUGACAAAACGACACAUUGAUACCACUGUUGAGAAUGGGAAGGCUGUUCCUGACCAAGAAAUCAAGGAUCUUCAGGGAAAAUUGGAAGAAAAAGUAAAACAAAAAAUUGAGUCAAAUUAUUUCCAUGAUUUCACAGUGCAAUGGCUUCCAAAUGGCAUUGACCCCAAAGCAUCCAAAGACCAUAAAAAAUAUCUCGACAAUUUCUGUGAGUACUUUCACAAUGAUCUAAAAAGCCAGAUAGAAGCUGCUUAUAAUGAGAGGGAUUCCCGAGCUUAUCGCAAAGCUGGGUAUUACAGUGAUUUUAAUGAGGUACUUCAUCAUUUGCAUUUCUGUGACACCAAAUGCCAGACAUUCUGUGGACAGGAGAACAUCAUGGACAGGGUUAAGAAGUACAUCCUGGAUGAUGCAAUGAGAAAGCCUUUUGUCAUUUAUGCUCCCUCUGGAAAUGGAAAGACGUCUGUAAUGGCCAUGAUCAUGCAGAGUCUGCCUGAGUGGUUCAAGAAUAAACCGCAUGUUGGAAUUAUUCGUUUCUUGGGCACUUCUGGUCAAACUCUGAAUAUUUAUGAUGUGCUGCUUAGUGUUUGUGGACAACUUGCCGAUGUUGCUCAGCAGAUCAUGGAGCCUGUAGGAUACAAAAGUAUGAAGAAUCUCCAAGAAUAUAUGCCCAGGUUUUGGCGAAAGAUCGCAAAUUUUCUGAAGAAGCCAAUUGUUAUUCUUCUGGAUUCUCUUGAUCAGCUGUCAUCGAUACACAAUGCUUAUAAACUACAAUGGUUGCCAACGACACUGCCACAGAACAUCAAACUUGUGGUAUCCACCCUUCCAAAAGAACAUGGGAUACUUGAUAAUUUGAGAGCCAUGCUGCCAGAUGAGCAGUGUUAUGUGGAGAUUCCAGAGCUUCCCUUGGAAACUGGGAUUGCAAUUAUUAACAAAUAUCUGUCAAAGCAAAACAAAAAAAUAACGGAGAGUCAAGAAAAGGUUUUGAUAAACACCUUUUCAAAAUGCCCUGGACCCUUGUUUCUUAAACUCAUUCUGGAUGAGGCACUGAAAUGGAGAUCUUACACUCUGCCUCAUUUGGUAGAACUAGAGCAGACGGUCCAAGGAGCCAUCAAUAAACUUUUUGACAAUCUUGAAGUUAAAUUUGGAAAGAUCAUAACAAGUCAUGCUCUAGGUUACAUCACCAUAGCAAGAGAUGGUAUCUCUGAAAAUGAGUUGGAGGAUGUUCUGUCCUGUGAUGAUGAAGCUUUAGAUGAUGUUUAUCGUUACCACAAUCCACCAGUAGAUGGCAUUGUGAGAAUACCCCCUGUUUUAGCUGCUAGAAUAAGAUAUGACAUCAAGGACUACAUCGUAGAGAGAAUAUCCUCUGACAAGUAUACCAUGAACUGGUACCAUAGACAAUUUAUUGAAACAGCCAGGAACAGAUAUGCUUUAGGAGCACUUGGAGAAAAGCUACAUGGAAAUUUGGUAGAAAUUUUCGUAAAUGAAGAUGGAGUUAAAAAAGACAUCACUCUUUCCAGGAGAAAGUUAACAGUGCCAAAUGCAGACAGACAGAUAACUCCACAACCACUUUCGAGCAAAAACAAACGGAUGUUGCAAUGUCUUCCGUAUCACAUCACCCAUGCUGGAAAAGCUCUGUCAGAACAAUUAGCAAAAGAACAUUGUUUUUGUAAUUUGAAAUUCCUAAGCAGUAAAGUAUUUGCUAGCAGUGUGGAUGCAGUAGAGGAUGAUUUGUUUGAAUACCUGGAAAACAAAAAAGAUGAAGAAAUCAAGAAACUCAGAAAUUUUUUCUCCUUGACUAAGAAUGACUUAUCAAAUCCCAGCAGACUUGCAGUCAACAUUCUUUCCUAUAUUGAUGCUGAUGAAGAUGAACCUAAUCUUAAGAGGUUGAAAGAGCAAGCAAUUAUGUACUUAGAAAGUCCUGACAACGUUGGAUUGAUACCAAUUUAUCCUGGACUGGCGCCUAAGGAUGGCAUAAAAGAGUCAAUGAAGAAAAACAUGGGACUUUUGGCUCAGAACACAGUCUGUAGCUUUGAUAUGCAUCCAAAUGGAAUGGAGCUUGUGACAGUUUCAAGAGAUCAGAUGUUACGGGUUUGGUUAUUGAAUGAGGCAAAAUGCAUCAAGGAGUUUAACAUUGGUAUGGAAGCUCAAAAAAUAGUCAUAUGUGGUGAUGACAAAUGUUGUCUUCUGGACAACAAAGGGCAACUGAAAGUCGUCAAUCUAAACAAAACCUAUGACGUAACUAUAGAUUUGCCAACACACGUUAUUGAUUUUACUGUUGGAAAAGAUGAAGUCACUGUUUAUACAAUUGGACAAAAAGAAAAAGCCUUGAUUGUCACUGUUUUGGAGUUGGAACAGGGAACAACCAAAGAUUCUUUUGCUCUUGAUGGCUGUUUUGAGAAUAUGAAUUACAAAGGUCCCCUGAAGUUUGAAACUCUCCACUUGUGCCUGAGUGCCAGUGAAAGAUACCUGUGUGUUCGCAGCAAGCUUCUUCCACCUGAGUACAAAGGAAUUGAAGCAUCUUGGAAGAAAAGAGGUGUUCAACUUGAUCAGGUUAACAUGUAUAAAUUCAUGGCUGUGGAUUAUAACAUGGAUUUGCGUAAGAUUUCAUUAGAUUUUGAUUUAGUUAAACUUAUUCUUUGGUCGACAAGUGAAUUUAUAAAUGGGGAGGCACACUUAAGAAAACAUCAUUACGAGGCGCUAAAUACAUGCAUCGCUGACCAACUCCCAACUCUUGGGGUAGAAAUAUGUGCCAAUGUGGAAAAUGAAAUGAUGAUUACCACCAUGCGUUCGGUCGUUUUCUGGAAUAUUUCCAAAGUUGAUGCGGGCUCAUGUGCUCAAAGGACUUGCAAGAACAAGAAAUAUUUAAUGAUGAACAGACCGUCCUGGUUUGACAAUCCUACCAAUUGUAAAGGAACCACAAAAGCAAUGGUUCGCAGCAAAGAUGGUAUGUUCCUUGCUUUAGGCUCAGAAGAUGGUUACUUGUGUAUCUACAGCAUAGAAACAGGAUAUCCCAUAGGAGAGAAACUUCCAUCCACUAAACACUCUGCCUCUGUGAUAAAGGUUGCCUUUUCGCCGGACUCCCAGUGGGUAGCGUCCGCCUGUCAGAACAACACCAUCAAGCUCUGGGACGUGUCCUCGGGUAAGGAGGUGUUCAGUACGCGGGUAGAUGCCGAAGUCCAACAAAUCAGCUUCUCCCCCAAGUCCCAGUACCUGGUAGUCCUUACUGGGACAAACUUGACACGAGUGCUGAUCUACAGAGUACACACUGGAAAAGUAUAGAGAUGUCAGAACCGUGAUUUUACACCUCUUUCCAGCUUGAUACCGUCAGUUUUUCAAAACAAUAGUUAUUUAAGGAAACUAUUCAUGAUAAAUGAAGAUACUGACGGCACACUUAAUCAUGUAUAUAGUUUUUUCGGAUAUAAUAAGUACUGUAAUAGGAUGUAGUUCCUAUCCGUCCUCUGAUUUACUUGUACAGUAGAUAGCUGUAGUUUUGGUCAUUAUUAGACAACUUUUAGACGUAAGUAUUCCGAAAUGGUAGACAAUUUCAUACCAAUUUCUACACAGUAUACUUCUUGUAGAACUUUUAUCAAUAUAUAUUGAAAAUAUCUGAAUAUCAAAAGAGUUAUACCCCUUAUGCCAAUCAGUGCAGCAGGAGUACUUAGUAUAUUUAGCAACUUUUGAUUUAAUAUAAAUAUAUCAUGUAUAUUAUCAUAUUUUUCUUGAUGAUAUUUUUUAUAUCGAUUUUGUUUCUAUGAAUUUAUAGUUUACCUAUUUUUCUAGCUCAUGUUCUAACAAUGUGAUUUUUUCUCUUUAACUUAUGUAGAUAUUUGGAUUUUUAUAUUCACACUUUACACGUACAUUGCAUCCAGUAUAUUGGAACAAAGAAUAUAUGCUUAUAUGUUUAGGAAUCAUAAUAUUUGUGUUAACAUUUAUUUAUACAUAGACGUUAAUCAAUAACGAUAAGGAAUGCCAUGAAAAAUUCUCACUUUACUUCUUUUAGGAUUACACACAGUUUAUAAGUUCUGUGUGAAAUUUUGUCCUGGAAUAUAUUAUUACUACGUAUAGACUUUGUAAAAUGUAAUAAAAUGAAAUUGACACUGCACAUAUAUGAGGUGCCAGUAAAUUUUGCUAAUACGGUCGCUAAAAAACUUUGAUAUAUAAAACAAAUAUAUUUUAGGACUUUUUGAUAUUUUUAUCUGAGAGCUUUCGGUACAAUAUAAUUAAGUAAAAUUAUUGCAUUGUAUAGGACGAUUUAGGCAGUUUAUAUUUCCCAAGUACAUCUCUCUCUCUCUCUCUCUCUCUCUCUCUCAUUUUGCAUUCCGCACAUCAUUAAACACAAUCUGCAAAAAAUUUAAAAUACAUCAUUUAAUUAAGUCUUACUGAAAAAAGUCUUUGUAACGUUCAAAG